AGGACCUUCUCCUGGCAGCGGCCUAUGUUUCUGAUGCCCAAUACAACAGAAAUGUUCCAUUUGAAACAUCUCCUCAGGCCAUCAGACUUUACUAUUUUUAUAACCACUGGACAAUGCGAGCCACCACAUACUUCUUCAUCUGUGUCAACCUUUCCCUCGCUCUGUUUGAGGAGCCUGCAUUGUUUCCACUGCCUUUCUUGGCUACCGCGCUAGUGGAAGUGCUCUGUCUGACUGCAUUCUUUGGAAGACUCGUGCAUUUUGCAAAAGUCACUCCUCAGAUGGUUUUCUGGAAGGAUACAAAAAACAUCUGCAUCAUGGUAACCAUAGUGCUGACCUUGAUUGAUCUCAUUAUCUACGGGUCCCUGGAAGCUGUCAACAUCCACAGCAUUCGGUGGUCAAGGGUCUUAAGACCAGUCUUCCUAAUCAACUUCCCUGAAAGUCGACAGAUCCGAAGGGCUUUCCGAAGCAUCCGGAAUACUCUGCCUGACAUCCUCUAUGUCUUCCUCUUGUUUAUUUUCAGUGUGCUGAUAUUCUCCCUUAUGGCCUUAAAGCUCUUUGGGGACAGGGGCCUUAAAACAGUUGAUGGAUCAUCCUACUUCACCAACAUCCUAGAGAUAGCCUUUGAGCUCUACGUUCUGGUCACCGCUGCAAACAGCCCUGAUGUCAUGAUGCCUGCCUAUGACUUCAGCUGGUGGUAUUCUCUGUACUUUAUUGCAUACAUCAUCAUCAAUACCUACAUCUUUAUGUCCGUCUUUCUGGCUGUGGUCUACAACAAUUACAGGAAGCAUUUAAAGAAUGAGAUCCGCAAACUGGCAUACCUGAAACGUCACAAGAUGAUAAAGGCUUUCAACAUUCUGAAAGUCAAGGUGGGCACCGAGUUCGUGGUUAAGGAGGCCCAGUGGAAGCAGCUGGUCAAGGUCGUGACGCCAGAUGUCAGCAGUUCCCACUUGGAGCUCCUUCUGAGGAUCUGUGAUGAGGGACAGAAGGGGCACGUGGACAAAAUGAACUUUCUACGUUUGGCUGACCUCCUCAACAUCCAGGUGGUCACCAUCAACAUCAAGACACACCCCCUGGAAACCUGGAUGCCACGGGUGUACCAGUCAUCUGUAAGCCUCCUGGUCCAGAAGAUGGUUCGGCACAGAUUUUUUGUCUGGGUUUAUGAUGUCAUCAUUCUUAUAAAUGCCAUCUUCAUCGCUCUGGAUGAGAAAAACCCCUUCAUUUCCUAUGCAGAAUGGCUCUUCCUUUUUCUCUAUAUUAUAGAGAUUCUCCUGAAACUGUAUACGUAUGAACCCAGAACUUACUUUGGAAGGAAUCAGUUCUGGAACUGGUUUGACAUGCUGAUCAUCACCAUAGCGCUGCUGGUCACUGUGGCCACUGCCACCAUCCAGUCAGCAAGAAAAUACAACAGCCAGCAGAUACUGGAUAUUGUGUUGAUAUUGAGAAUACUCCGUCUCCUAAGGGUCAUCGUCAGUAUUGAGAGAUUCCGGGUUAUCGUGACCACCUUAAUUAACAUCGGCCCCACAAUGCUGACGUUCGGUGGGCUCAUCUUGGUAGUCUACUACGCGUUUGCUAUCAUUGGGAUGGAAGCCUUCCAUGGCAAAAUCCAGUUCUUGGAACCGAAUUCCAAUACCCCUGGUGCCCUGGUGUGCGGGAACCCAGCCCUAAAAGACUCAGUGUUCGCGCGAGACAGGUACUGCAAGAACAACUUCAAUGACCUGGCUUCCUCCUUCAUCGUGCUGAUGGAGCUCACCGUGGUCAACCAGUGGCACGUCCUGGCAAGUGGCUUUGCCCUCGUGACUCACCAGGCAGCCAAGCUGUACUUCAUUGGGUUCCACAUCGUGGUGGUCAUCCUCAUCGUCAAUAUCUUCAUAGCGUUCAUCUUGGAGGCAUUUUUUGUGGCAUAUUCAUUAGAAAAAAGUGAAAUAGAGACUGCUAUUGAGAAGAAGAUCCAGGAGCUUGGUGUGGGGAUCCAAGAGGAAAAAGAGCAGGACUGGAAGCUCAUUGAUGACAUGGACCCCAAGAACACUGUCUUUAGUGGGGAUGAUGGAGACAACAAAAGGAAGUCCUCGAAAGGAUUGUACUUCAGAAUUGCUUCAAAAAAGUACAGGACUGUGGACGCCUUGCUGCAGCGCAUGUUUGAGUCUGAAAUUGCUCCAGACGAUGAAGGCCCCUCCUUGGAUGAGAUUCUGAACUUCUCACCCAGUGACAUCUAUCCCAAGAAACUCAAUUUUGAGAACAGUGCGUGACACAGGGCCCAGGAAGGCCACAACUAGGAAUUCAGCAUGUGGUUCCUAGCCCUUAUCUCCCAUAGACUGACAAGCCUGUGAACCCAAUGGGGUCCUGAGGGGUCAGCUGGAAGGCAUCAGGGGCUGCUUCUGUGUGCCCCGCCUGCCCUCUUCAGGCCUGAUGGUGGCAGUGAGGCCAGGGUCACGUGAAGCCGCGUGAGGAGCACCUGUCACACACCUUGUGCACGUGUGCAGUGUGUUCCAUGGGCAUAUACAAGCUUUUCAUUUAUUUUUCUGUGGUAUUUUGUUAUUCUAUGAGAGUACUGUCCUUCAGUGUUCAUGAAUGAAUUUUUACUAUUUAAAUACCAUAAAGGAAUACUCUAGUGAGUCACUUUUCAAUGCAGUGCUUAUUCCAAAUGAAGAAAAAUAUGAAUGUGAAAAUAAAAAUCUGUCUCAAAUACUUCUUCCUGGGGAAGCUCUCAAAUCUCCUUUAAUUAAAUUAUAAUUAUAGCAAGAUUUUGCGUAAGUUGUUCUCUGAGGUCACAUUUCCGAGGCGGAAAUCUCCCAGGACAGUGACAUGCUCCUUCUGGGAAAUUAAAAGGAACUUAUUUAUUUAAAAAAUGUUUGUGGUCAGAUACACAUAACAUAAAAUGUACCAUCUUAUCCAGUUCAGUGGUGUGUGUAUGUUUACAUUCUGUGAGAUUUCCAGAACUUUAUCACCUCAAAUGAAACUGUGUAAUCAUUAAACGAGGAUGCUCCAGUCUCUCCUCCCGCUCCAGUCCCUGGUAACCACCAUUCUAUUUUCUUUCAAUGUGACUCUUCUCAAAUGCAUUUGCAUUUGGUCAUAUUAAUCCUUUCCAGAACAGUCAGCUUAUGACCCCAGCCCCACCAUCAGGCAGGGGAAUUGCCAGAAAUGUCUGUCUCCAUGACCCGAGGUCCCUGUGUCUGAUAUCAUGGGGGGGUGGGGUGGGGUUAUGGUCAGGUUGCUAACUGAAGCUGGCUUGGAAGGGCUUCUCCUUAGAUCUGAGGAUGACUUCUGGGCCAUGUGAUGAGGGAAAAAAGUCAAUGCUUGGGAGCCCUAUGGACUCCAGGGCCAGACAUGUAUCCCCAUGGACCAUGUCACUUAACCCCAUUGUUCCUCAUUUCCUCACCUGGAAACUUGGGGCAAGUGGCAUCUCCUGCCCACAACUGGGAGGACUGAUAAGAGGGCUAGGCUGGGUAGGAUGCUGGCUUGCAGCUGUCUCAGCAUUUGCUCUCAUGCUAGCUGUUCUGGCUUUAAAACCACUCUGGUGUUUGGCAUUGGUGCUUUAGAAUCCCGUCACCCUGAUUCUGGGAGGUGGGGUUCUUGCUGAUCCAUCUGAUGGGGUUUUUAGAGUCCUGCCAUCCUUCCAUACUCCUAUUUCUUUGUAUAUCUAACACAUCAUUAUGUAAGUAUUACACUAAAUGUAUAGAGUUGCAACUUAAUUUAUGCCAUUUAUAUUUGCACAACAUACUGGACUUUAUUUUUUUAAUUAGAAAAUAAUGUAGUCAUUGUAAAAAUAAUCAAUACUGAAAUAUAAUAAAAAGUCAAAAGUACUCUUUGUUUAUUCUUCUUUCU